UUUUUAAAUGCACUGUUUACCACUCUAAAAAGUUUGACAGAAGAAUACCAAAGUCAAGACUUGUAUGAUCCUGUUCUUGCCCACAAAGUCUUGGCCUUGUUCUUCGUAUUGCAGCCUCGAGGACAAGGACAGGAGACUAAGGGAUUAAUGACCACCAGGACAAAUUUAAUGCGUUUCAAUAUCGAAUUUCCGUUUGCAAGAGUCUCGUAAGACUAGUCUUGGCUUGGCAGAAGAUGGUCUCAGUCUUUUCUUGUCUACAUUGGGAUUGUUCUUCCAGUCUCGCUCAUCACUAAAUCCUCCUGAUACCUUUUUCUGCUAAACUUUGAGGCUUCCACUAAACCUUCCAUAUCUUGACCAAGGAAACAUGAUCCUGUAACAAGCAAUUCGUCUCAAUCCAGCUUAAAGUUGCAUCUCGCCGACUAGUGAUAAAUCAUCAGAGCCUGGAUGGAAGGAAAAGAACAAUUCGGGAGGUUUUAGGGCGCAUGCCAUCUGCUACACUGCGACGCCAAAACGGCCGCAAACUUCGUCAGUUUUGCAAAGAGUCGCGGUGCCGUCGCGACGCCCGAUAUGCGGCAUCCACAUUGGAUGCUGGGGACGUCGUCCACACUAUGGAACUUCCUAGAAUUGCUUCACAUUCUUCAAUCUGUCCACCUCUUCAAAUGCUGACGCAUCCUAAUCGACCUAGAACGCCUGUUUCCAAGAGAUUGUUAAGUUCUGAGCCGCAAAUUCCGGUUAUACCGAGCGCUCCGCAAUACCAGCCGAGUAGAAGACGCGAAGAAGCCAAAGUCCUGCAAAAUUUGAGGAGACGCCUAAAUGCCGCCAAAGUUGUACAAGCCAAUCGACCCGAACCAGUUGAAGCCCGAUCUUGUGCCAAUAAUAAUCUAAGUCCCGAAGACACUGACAAUCGGCCUUAUUUGUUGCAAAAGAUUCUUCAUAACCGUCCAGUUAGCAUGGUCCUAGACAUAUCAGAAAUCAGAACCGCCUGGCAGGACAGCGACUUUAUCACUGACUGCUUGUGCUGGCACAACGUUUACCGACAAAGACACAAUUCACCUCCCUUGACUAUGUUACCUGAGUUGUGCCAUUUAGCUCAAACAUGGGCCAAUCAUCUGGCUCACACCAACCGUUUCUACUACAGAAACGACAAAGACAUCGGUCAGAACUUGUUCUGCAGAAGCACCAAUGCCCUCAUUACUGACGUGACUGGCCAGGAAGUCACCACUUAUUGGUACUCUGCAGUGAAACAGUAUGAUUUCGGUGAUGAACCUGAUCGAUUAAGGGCUAAUAUUAACGCAGGCCAUUUUACCCAAUUAGUUUGGGUCACCAGUAAACACUUAGGGCUGGGAAAAGCCCGUUCUCGUUCGGGGAAAAUUGUGGUUGUGGCUCAUUACGCCCCAGUGGGGAACAUUUGCGGGGCUUACCUGCAGAACGUUUUUCCGCCCUGCGAGGACCUGCCCCGAAUUCCCCAUCCUCUACCCAAGAAGAUGAUAAUGUCUGGAAGCACGGCGAGUGAUACAGAUAGUCAAUCCACUACAAGCACAGCGUGAUUUGUUUUGCUGAUGGAAUUUGCGGGAGUUUUUAGUGGUUUUUUUAGAAACUUUUAUUCUGCUUUAGUCUAAACGCCGAUGUCCUUCCAGGCUCUAUAUCUAGACGUAUUUAUCUAAUUAAUCAAAAGCGCAAAUGGGUUUUGGUAUCUACUAAAUUUUACUUUUCCUUAGCAGCUCAACAAUUAUUCCAAUUGGAAUUAGUGCUUGUUUGCAAUUAACCACUUUGUGCGUUAGUUCGGAUAUUUUUUCAGGGGCUGAAACAUCUGGAAGGAGAAACGUUGAAGAUGGUUCGUCGCAAUAUUUUCUCAACUGUUUGUUGGGCUAAAAAUACGAACUUUUCCAAUUUUAACCAUUGGAAAUUAAGUUAUUUCGUGCGUUAAUCGUUACAGCCUUUAGUUAGGAGCUGAUAACUUUUUUGCUUUUUUCUUAUGUACAUUUUUUAUAUCAAGUAGCUGAUGCAAAUGCAACUAUUUUUAAGUGAAAAAGGUCCACUUAUUUCACGUAUUCGGAUCAAUGGAAAACGAAGUUGCCAUCAUUGAAUGAGCCAAAUUUCAACCUUAGGGCUUGCGAGUUUCAGGUUUUUAAAGUCAGAUUUGCCUUUAGCAAAAUUUUUGAAAAAUUUGUAAAAAUUGGUGACCCGGUCGACUGAAAUGAUAUUUUGCAUAAUUUUCAACUAAAGCUUCCUCCGUGUUUCAAAUAUAAGGUUUUGAUCUGCAAGGGUUGGCGAGUUACAAUUUUUUUAAGUGAGAGGUGCACAUUUUCUUAUGGCAAGUUGUUUGAAAAUUUCGCAAAAUUUGGUGAUCAGUCCGAAUAAGAUAAUGUUCAGUAGAUGUCUCAACUGAAGCAUCUUCUGUUGCUUAUCAAAGUUUCAAGUUUUAAUCUGCUUAGGCAUUAUAGUUAUGACUUUUUUGAGUCAGAGGGGUACUUUCGCUCAAAUGGGGCGCACUUUUAAAUAAGCGACUAAGUUACAAAAAUUGGCUAGAAAUUUACUUAAAAUUGAGGACUGCUGGGUAAAAAAAAGUUUAAGUUAAAGUUUCCCAAAUAUAAUGAUCUGCAAGAGUUGAUAAGUUACAAUUUUUUAGUCAGAUAUGCAUAUUUUGCAGCAUUGUCCGAUCAGGAGGACACUGGUUUGAAAAACGUAUUGUUUCUGGAAAAUGGUUUAUUCUAACGAGAUAAAAUAAGAGAACCUUUCCUGCUUAAAAAUAUUGGGAAAAAAACAGUAAACCCCAGCGUCGAAACGAUUUUUAAACCUGACAAUUUGCCCAAAAUGCCUAGAAGUUCAUAGUUGCUUUGUUACCAAAACCCAUACUGCUCGAUACUGCAAAGAAUAAGCUUUAAAAAUAAUUAUUGUGAUUUUAGGAAACUGAGCCUAUAAAGCGAACGAAGUGAUGAUACGUUAGACCUGUUUAGCCGUUAAAUAUUAAUCAAGUUUAGGGGCAAAGUUGAUUUUUCUAAUGUUCUUACGCCUAAAUAGUUGUUAAUUUGAUUUGGGACUGAGCUACUCAACCAGGAAAACCUAAUCAACUUUUGUUACUGAACUGAUUGUUAAUCAGCUUUCGAACAAUCAAACACUACAAUCAAAAUUAAGCUUAGACUCAAUCAUUUAUAUAAAUUUGUAGUUCUUUCAGCCACCACCAAACCGUUGGUAUUUAAUUAAAGACUGAAUAUGAGGCGAAAGUAGUUUGUUAAUCGAGUACUGGCUGCAAUUGUUAAUUCCAACCCUGUUAAUUUGUGAAUUAUUACAAAAAAUUGUUGGUAGUUUAAAGCGCUUUUUACAGCCGUCCGAAUAGUGAAGGAAAAUUUAGGGGCUAAUAUUUAGUCAACUGUUGUUUUGUAAAAUAAAUUUUAUGGCUUA